GUAUCAUGAAACAGUGUCAGUUGAGUCAGCGAAAAAGUCGUUCUUCUGACGAUGUCGAAGAACAUUCCAUUUUUUGUACAAAGUCUUCCAAUAUUAUUUCUUGGAAUAUGCUCAACUCAUCUCGUGGCAAAAUCGUUAAUGUUAAAACAUCAACUUCCAUCGGUUUCAGAAAAUGCAACUAAUACUCAUUUUGGAUUGACAUGUGUAACCACUGCAUUUUUAUGUAUUCUUACUUCUUUGAUUAUCGUAGAUAUUCUGUUCAAAACACAUUUUACCUUCCGAUAUGUGGUAUUUAUGAAUAUAGCAGUUGUUGCGUGCGGUUUGUUUGUUACCGGAUAUCUACUGGGGCACAUUGUUGAGAUAUGGUUUGCAAAAAUGUCAACAAUUUAUUCAUGUCGUCAAUUAGGUAUACAAACUUACUUAAUUACCUCGAAUAGUACUGGUGAAGAAGUUAGGAAACUCGAAAGUGCAGGAUGCGAAACUGCUAUUUCAUCGGAGUUUAAAAAUGUAUUCUUCGACCUACUAAUUCAAGCUGUCUUCAUUCCACUUCAUAUUUUAUUGACUGCAUUUUCAUGGACAUUCUCUGGAUUGUACAGGCCACGUUGGCAUGAAGAUUUCGAAUAAGGUCUUCACGUAUUCCAAUUUAUUUAAAUACAUUUUGAAAUUAAAUAAAUAGCGUUUUAAAUCAU